GAUUAGAGAAACCAAAAUAUAUAAACAAAAAAUGGCAGCUGUUUCACGUGUUGCACCAAAUAUAAUGAUUGCUGGUACACCAGGUACUGGUAAAUCCACUCUUGCCAAGGAGUUGUCUCAGCGAAGUGGACUGAAUUAUAUUAAUAUUGGAGAAGUUGCUGAGCAAGCUGAUUGCAUGGAUGGUUAUGAUGAGGAGCUUCAAUGUGGUAUACUUGAUGAAGACAAAGUGAUUGAUGAACUUGAAGAAACCAUGUCUGCAGGUGGAAACAUUGUAGACUAUCACUCAUGUGAAUUUUUUCCUCAACGAUGGUUUGACAUUGUAUUUGUUCUUCGCACAGACAACACUAUUCUACAUUCACGACUGACAGAAAGAGGGUAUAAUGAAAAAAAAAUAGAGGGAAAUAUAUCAUCUGAAAUUUUUCAAGUAAUUCUUGAUGCUGCUAAAGAUUCAUACCCUGAAGAAAUAGUUCAUGAGCUGCCUUCAGACAAUGCUGAUCAGCUUGAGUCAAAUUUAGAUAAGAUCCUAGAAUGGUUAGCAUUAUGGAAGCAGCAACAUUGACACUGGAAACUACAUCAUCACAAGGAAAGAUGGGCUCAGCAGAUCUGGAAAUGUUACCAAACCACCUGAACUAAGCUGUAUUAUGACUACUCCAUGUUUUAUCAAGCCAAUGAUGGGAAACUGAGUUCACUUUAUUUCCCCAUUUAACUUAGUUUUUAUGGUUGGCUAAUAAUGAUAGUGAAUAUGCAGUGUUGUCAACUGGAUAAAGCAUUUUAUUUAUGAUUUUAUGCAUUCAGUUUGUUGAGUAAGAGAAUAAUAUUUGAUGAGCAACUUCCAAUAUUGUUCAUAUUUUGGAUUUAGUAGCUUUUAAAAAAUUGCUUGUAAAUAUUUUUUGAAUUUUGAGAAAACUAAUGUGUUGAUAGUUUGCCACUGAACCUGCAGUUUUUGUUGUACCAUUAGAUUGUGUGUAGAUAUUGCAGUGUGAGAAACUCAUUGUUUUAAAACUAAGUUUCUCUGGAGUGAUGAGCUAGCUUCUAAGAUAAAGUUAGAAUAAGUUAUAUUUCUGAUAGUUGUAUAUACAUAGCCAUGUUGUGACUUAUGGUGUGCAACUGCAGGAUUUUAGUCACCAGAUAGAACUGAUCUUAUACCAAUUUUUAAAUGUGUGGCAAAAAGGACUUCAUGUGUUCACAUUGAACAUUUAAAACAAAGUUUAAUGAUAUGCCUUAAUAUUUCACUUUUUAAAGUGGAGUUGAUUGUUGAUUUUGGGCUUUAGAAAAAUAGUCCCUGAAUUAUGUUGUUUUAAUUUCAUUUGUGAGUACAUCAUGCAUAUUUGUGAAAUGUAAGGGACUGUAAUUCAGUCAGUUAACUGAUUCACAGUUCUUUUUUCUUUCCUAUUUUAUUGUAGCAUUAAAGUAACAUGUACACCAUGUUUAGUUUUUUGUUACAUGUGUCAUAAAGGAUUUUACAAAGAAGAAAAAAGUGUUUUUGGUUUUUAUUCUACAUAUCAUGCAUUUAUGAUAGGAAACAUAUGGUACAGCAGCAAUACUUCAAUGGUGAUGUCAUAUUCCUAUAGUAAAUAACUAUGGGAAUAUUAAGAGAAAAUAAACUGUUUUAUUUAA